AUGCAAAAUAAUAAAAAUAUAAUAAAUAUGUUUAAUUAUAAAAACAUCUAUUUAUUGUUUUCAAGCAUUAUUUUUUCUACUUAUGGAUUUGCAUUAUUUGAUGAAAUUGAGCUAACAUGAACAUUUCCAACUGAUGAGCAAAUUUCAUUUAAACUUUCAGUUCCUUUAAGCAUUUUAGAAGAGGAUGAAUAUAAUUGAGCAUUUAUCGGUUUUAAACCAACAGUUUUAAACCCUAUGGCCAAUGGAACUGAUAUUGUGCUGGUGAAUUUCACUGCUAAUACAAUUGAAGAUCGAAUAAGUGAGAUGCACUUUCCUUUAUUAGAUAAAGAUCUUGGUGGGGCAGAUGACUUAAUUCUAAAGUCAAUAGAAAUAGAUGGAGAUAGCAAAAGCUACCUGUGGAGUCGAGGAUUUACAUCCUUAGAUUUAAGAGAUGUUAAUUUUAUUGCUGGAAAACAGUAUAAUUUAAUUUGGGCUUGUGGAGGUUAUUACCAAAAAUUCGGGUAAUUGCUUUUAAUAAGAAAUUUUUGAUAGAGUGAUAGUCAUUCACUCUCUCCUUUAUAUUGGAACAAAAUAAAGGUAAAAUUUUAUUGUUUUUAUACUUUAAUCUGCUUUUAAAUUGGAACAUAUUUUUUUCAAUCUGAGAAUUUUUAUCAAUGGAAAUAAUAAUUUUUAUAAAGUUAGUUUAAUAGAAAUAGAAUAUUAUUUAAAUAAUGUUUAACACUGAAAAAUAUUUUUAAAUUAAAUAAACUAAAAUUCAAUUGCUUUUUAAUUUUUUUUAAUAUAUAAAUUUUUUUUAAUAAAAAGAAUUAGCCCCUUUAAAUCGAAAAUAAGAUUUUUGUUCCAAUUUAAAAGGGAGAGAGUCAGAAACAUUUGUUCAAAAAUUUUUGAUAGUUUAACGCCUCGCUAAGAUUUUAAGUUUUUUCCAAACAAAUAUCAAACUAUCAAAAAAUCUGAAUUAAUUUUCCCGAGCAACUGCCAAACUAUUAAAACAUUCCGAUCAAAUAAAUGAUAUUUAACCAAAAUUCGAAACCUAAAAUUAUUAAAUCUGGAAAUACAAUUCUAUCAAUUAAUAAUGGAAGAAGACUAAGAAGAAAAUUACAACAAAAAUGAUCUGCCCAGAUCUUCUUUAAAAUCAGACAUUGGAUAUGAUAG